AUGAUACCUCAGUUGCUGCUGGACCUGGAAAAACCAAUUGAGGAGCAGGGACCACUUGAUGUUAUAAUCCACAAACUGACUGAUGUCAUUCUGGAGGCAGACCAAAAUGAUGCACAGUCCCAGGAACUGGUGCAGAGGUUUCAGGACUAUAUUGAUUCACAUCCAGAGACCAUCAUUCUGGACCCACUGCCUGCAAUCAGGACCCUGCUGGACAGAUGCAGGUCAUAUGAGCUGAUCCGUAGACUUGAAAGCUACAUGCAAGAUGAGAGAAUUUGUUCCCCUCCCUUUAUGGAGCUCAGCAGUCAGUGUGGGGAGGACACUAUGGCAGAGAUCACGAAGCACAAGCUGACAUUCCCAUUCAUUUGCAAAACCAGAGUGGCACAUGGCACCAACUCUCAUGAGAUGGCAAUCAUUUUCAAUGAAGAUGGUUUGAAAGACAUAAAGCCCCAGUGUGUCAUCCAGAGUUUUAUAAACCACAACGCAGUGCUAUACAAAGUCUUUGUUGUUGGAGAGUCCUACAGCGUGGUUGAACGGCCAUCACUGAAGAAUUUCUCAAGAGGUGUUUCAGACAGAAAAACAAUAUUUUUCAACAGCCACAAUGUCUCAAAACCAGAAUCCUCAUCUGAUUUAACUGCGCUCGAUGUAGUGGAAGGCGUCUUCAGGCCACCAAGCGAUGAGGUCAUCCGAAAAAUAUCCAGGACACUGCGUGAAGCACUUGGCAUAUCCUUGUUUGGCAUUGAUGUAAUUAUCAAUAACCAAACUGGCCAACAUGCUGUUAUCGAUAUUAAUGCAUUCCCAGGAUAUGAAGGUGUUCCAGAGUUCUUCACUGAGCUGAUAAACCACAUUCAGGUUGUUCUGCAAGAUCAAAACCCGGAAUCUCCUCAGUUCAACCAGAACGGAAAGGCGGCUGAGCAGGUCACGAGCAUUUGUGGGGACCACCCCUGUUCUGCUGCCUCAGGCUUUGUGACCAUGGCAGCAAACGAUACAUGGCUUGUGGAAGAUGAUCCAAGCAGUAACAAGAGGCUGCAGCACCAACGACUCAGUUGCAAUUCUGCUUUGCCACCCAACUUUCAGAACUGUGUUGCUCCUGUGGCGACUAAGGCAUCUUCACAAUAACCACCGAGAACACUGGACCAAACCCAAGGAAAGAUCUUUAAUGGGGAUCAACUUGAACCACUUUCAACAAAUCAAUAAAACAAUUUAUGUUUUGUUUGAAUGAUUUCACGGACUGACACACAGACUGGAACACCGUAUCAAAGGUGUUUUGAGAAGCAGGUUGCAGAUCCUUUGAUAAAGUCAAAUGAUAAACUGAAUCUAAUUUUCAUUAAACGUUAACAUAGCAAAAGUUACUUUGGUGACCUUUUACUAUAUAGGAGCUAAUACUAAUGCUCUCAGCAGGAAUCAAAUCACCAAUGACUAGUUGAGUUAAUCAGGAAUCCUUUUUGUCCUAGAUAUUCGAGCAUUUAUCUUUCUUCCCUCUUGACUCUUCACCUUAACCAGUACACAAGACCCAAAUGGUUUGAGCCCUUUUGAAAGUUACCUUUAGGUUCAUUUUAAAAACUGCAAGACAUUCAAGUUCAGUGGAUUUUACAUGUUGUUAGACUCCAGUAAGAUCUGCCAAUCUGGGAGAACCUGGCUGAAGUUUAGAACAGGACAUGUUGGCUUUAUUUAGUGAGAAUUGUCCCCAGUAAAUAGAUGUUCUGUUAUUUUUAAAAAUUUAAAUAAAACAAAUGUUAAUUUGAGGGGAUAUUGAUGUACAGUAAAGUGCCAUUAUGUCUACCGAGUGGCAUGCAAACCAGGGCAGUUAAAGGCAAAUAAAAUGCACAAAGCCGAUUCCAUGAACAGAGACGUGAUGGUCUGGAAUCCUUCUCAGUCAUCCCAUUUGUUUUCGGUUUAAUUGCAUCUAACAAUGCACUCCCAUAUGUGCUCUUCACUUCAUCUGAAACCAACAGUGUGAAUGCAUCUGCAAGUAGUUUAAACAAAAGUAUUAGCUAUUAGAUUGUGAUGCUUACAGCUCCAUGUUGCAAACAGUGUACUUUUCCUUUGGUUCUAUUUCUUAAAAAAGCAGCAUUGAGCAAUUUGUGACAUUUUUAUAACUCGCAGUUUACAAACGGUGGUGACUCCAGUCAGCAUUAGUUCUUUCCCUAUGAUAUCAGUGAUUCAGUAUUUAAACAGAGACCUGCAGUUUCAGUGACCCUGAGUUUAGGUGAUCUUAGAACAAUAUUGACAAGGAAGAAUCAGACGUAAGGUGUUAAAGUGCACUCUAUGUUAAAGGAAUAAAAGGGGGAUGUUAGCCUCUAGAAACCAAAGGUAAAUGGCCAUUUUGUUUGAUUAAGUUCAUAAUUCCAAGUGUUCACUUGUCCAUGAACUACCUUUUUAUAAACAAAGCAAAAAUCCAUAUUUUUCUGGCUCAAAUCCAAAAUAUUUAGAUCCGGAUGACAUUGGUUGAGCAAUUUAUUUUAGGCGCCACAAUGGAUUGCAUUGCAAUUAAGACUUAAAAACAAUGUUUAAGACAGUGUGUACCUGAAUUUUUAAAAAUUGUACCAUUAGUAGGCUAACCUAUUGCUUUAAUAAACACUCCACUUAACAUGAUUUAGCUUAGGACAGCUUUGUUGAGUUUAUUGUAACAAUCUACAUCUCUGAACCACUCUAACCUUCUUGUGACUCUUAAAAGAAAAUAUUAUGCCUGGAGCCAUGAGGAUGGUUCUAAAUGUGACCUCUUCCUUUUGGGAGUGCCAUGGAAACCAGGCCUAAAUAUGUUUACAGCAAAUCAAGUUUAGUGCACUAGAUAUUAGAUGGCCAUCUUAACCUGUUGAUUUAUUUCCUCUUUCUUGUCUCGUUGCAUGAGAAGUGAUGUGAGAUUAAUGAGUGAUUUUCUUGCUGCCUUAAAAUGUUGGCUCGGCCUCGUUGCACUGCUUCAUUCUUUUGAUAUAAACUACUGAAAAGUAAUUGGGAAUUUAGCAAUUUAAUAAAGAAGAGAUUUUUUUUUUA